GAUACGGCAGUUAAAUUGGAUUAGCGGUAAGAAUCUGGAAUGUAGGAUUCACGAGACCAGCUCGGACGUUAGAGAACUUGUUUACACGUCUAUUACAGAUCUUUUAAAUAUGGAUUCCGCUAAAGCGCCCCAAGAGAAACUUGCGUGCGUGAUUCACUGUUGUAGCAAUAUAUUCUUGUUGUUGCAACAAUCCGUCGACGGGCCAGCGUCUGCCGAUGAAUUUCUUCCGGCGCUUAUAUUCAUCGUUUUAAAGGCUAAUCCCGCGCGUCUCAAAAGCAACAUAAAUUUUAUCACGAGGUUUUGCAACGCUAGUAGAUUAAUGACCGGAGAAGGAGGAUAUUACUUCACAAAUCUG